CAAUCCGGCAGGCAGGGGGAGGCUGGGGUGGAUUUUUCCACUAUAACACGACAGGAGAGUGAGAGAGAGAAAGAGAGAGAGAAUCAGUCCGCCGUACAGGUUGAGGUUUCCAUCAUUUCAAUGUACAUUUUUUUGGGGGGGAAGCUGAAUUUAGAUUCUGAGGACUAAGAGAGAAAUCUUGCACCGCUGAAAGGUUACUUAGCGAGGAUAGCCAACAGCUAGUUUCUGCCCCAGUGUAAUUACUGCUAUCUGGUAAAUUAAGUUAUUUGUUUUUUAUAUAAAUAUAAAUAUACUUUAAGAAAUUAAAGACUCUUCGACUGCCAGAGUGUGAAGACUGUUUUGGAGAAGGAUGAUGGACUUCGUUGCGGGCUGUUUGGGAGGUGCUGCUGGGGUUCUAGUAGGGCAUCCUUUCGACACUGUAAAGGUCAGGCUUCAAGUGCAAAAUGUCAGCAAGCCUCUGUACAGGGGAACCUUUCACUGUUUCCAGUCCAUCAUACGGCAAGAAUCAAUUAUGGGUCUGUAUAAAGGCAUUGGUUCUCCUAUGAUGGGCCUGACUUUCAUCAAUGCCAUCGUAUUCGGUGUGCAAGGCAACACAAUGCGUUUGCUGGAAAAAGACACUCCAACAAACCAGUUUCUAGCAGGAUCAGCCGCUGGAGCUAUCCAGUGUGUUAUUUGCUGUCCAAUGGAACUGGCGAAGACACGCAUGCAGAUGCAAGGUACUGGUGAAAAGAAGUCCACUCGUAAGAUGUACAAAAACUCGUUAGACUGCCUGGUCCGGAUAUACCAGCGCGAGGGCCUGCGAGGCGUCAACAGGGGCAUGGUUACCACAUUCAUCCGCGAGACUCCAGCCUUCGGUGUAUACUUCCUGGUCUAUGAUGUACUAACACGCACACUUGGCUGUGAGCCUAAUGACUCAUACAUGAUCCCUAAACUGAUGUUUGCUGGUGGUAUGUCAGGCAUUGCCUCAUGGCUUUCUACAUAUCCAGUGGAUGUGAUUAAGUCCCGACUGCAGGCAGACGGUGUUGGAGGCAAGUUUCAGUACAGUGGCAUUAUGGAUUGUACACGCAAAAGCUUAAAGCAAGAGGGCUGGCGUGUGUUUACAAGAGGCCUGACAUCCACUCUGCUCAGAGCCUUUCCUGUCAAUGCAGCUACUUUCGCUACCGUAACACUCUUCCUCAUGAAUGUACGGCGAGAGGAAGCGCCUCAAGAUUGUGAAGCUGACCCACAGCACCAUUCUGCAUUACAGCAGCAAGCACAGCCUACCAGCUUGUAACAGUCUUGAGUUUAUGCUAAGGCUGAGCAGCGUCUGCCCUCUGUUGGUGGAUUAUUCCACCCAGUCUGAAUAUCUGUAGAAAGAAUGAAUGCAUUUGCAUAUAUUUUUUUAUUUUAUGAUGUGAAGUAGAACGGUUCGUAACGAAGGGAUUUUGAUUGUAAUUAGCUGUUGAAAUAGUUUUCUUCCUUUUACGAAAUACCAGUCGGCAGGAAUCUGACUUUUAAUACUGCUGUCUAGAUCUACUGUCUUUUUUUACACUGCGUAAGUAUGAGUACUGCUGCUGAUGCUGAUAUUGCACAAAGCAAGAAAGGGGCAACUGCUGUAGUAAAUGGAAUCCACCACAUCCUGUUACUGAAUUCAUGACUGUGAAUGGUCAUGAAUUAAUAUGUAAAAACUACGUUUUGAGGUAAAGUAGUCCAUAAACAAAUGUGAAAAACAGACGGUAUAGUGCACUUUAGGGUACGUCCUUAGUUGUGAAAGCUGCAGAGACACUUUUUUAAGUGACUAUAGAACAUAGGCUUGUAAAAAUAGCAAUGUCUUUGAUUUCCAUAGUGUAAAAUUGCUAACACAUUUUGUCACUUUUCCAAAGCAAAAUUCUAUGUACUGUAUUUACUCUUUUAAUCCAGUGAUAUUUUUUUAGCAUCAAUACUGAUAAUAUUUACAAAAUAAUGUUAGAUUAGUUACCUGUGCUGGUUUCCUAGAAUUUGGGUAGCUUAUAGUAUGUUGAAGUAAUUAAGCUGUAGAAAAUUUUAAUUUCACCAUAAUACCAUACGUUCUGUGAUUUAAUGCAUGUGAAAGAACAGGAUUUCUAAAGAAACUGGAAAUUUGGAAAUUUAAGAAUUCAUGUCUUUUUCAUGCAACAAAUUUCACAGACUGUCUUUACCAUUCAAAAUGGAUGCAGUAUUUUGUAUAGUCUGUAUUAUUUGUACUUGAGACUUUUGAUCUCGUUAGAUAACCAUGGUUACUGUGGUAACAGCACGUUUCUUUCUGUUGUUGUUUUUUUUUUCCCUUUUUUAAAUCAAUACAAUAUUGUUAUGCUCUGUGUAAGAAGAAAAUAUGGGUCUGGUCUAACUGAAGCCUGUUUUAUGCCCCAGUACUACUGUACAAAAAGAUUUUAUUUCUUAUACUGUAUGUACAUGACAAAGCUUAUCCAAAGCCUGUUGGAGCUGUAUGUGUGUGUCAGUGAGAUUUGUAAGAUUGGAGACUGUUAAGGGCAAAUGUGGACAUUCUGUUAAUAAUGUUGUUAAAAUGUACUCAAGAAACCCAUUUAUUACAGUAAGUCUGCUAUUGUGUGCAAACUUAUUCAGUUUGUAUAUUUUCUGUAUAUUCCUCAUUUAGUUUGUCAUUACUUGUAUGUUGUACUUUAUGUACAAUUGUUGCAUUCCAUUAAAACUUGAGCUUUAAAAUUUGAAA